ACCAAAUGAUGAAGGCUUUACAAGCGAAACGAUGUGAAGGGUAUGAAUAUAGGUGCGUGAGUUUGACCAUACCUAUGUCUACUUAGGUUUAUAAUCUUUCUCCUUUUGUUAUAAUGAACGUGGUAUAUACGCUUUGCUGGACUAGAGAACGUAACUAAGACAUCUGAGACACUUUGCAGCGUUGGGCUAGAAUUAUGAUGGAGACAGAGUAUUCCAAGAGAGUAUACCAAGGUGUCAGAGUCAAACAUACUGUCAAAGACCUUCUAGCAGAGAAGCGAUUAAGACAAACAAAUGCACCCAGAUUCAGUACGAGCAGCAGUUCAUCCCAGCCAGCUUUUGUACCAAUGCCUGGAUCUCAUGUGCUUCCUGGUUACUACAGUAUGCGAAGAUCCUUCCUCCCAGACUCAGAGCUCUGCCAUCCUAUGAAGCAAUACUCUCCAGAUACAUAUUCUUCAGCACUGGGAGGCAAAGCAUUUACGUAUGACCAUCCCUCCAGUUACCCCUCUUUCAUUGACAGCUACUACAACCCCGAUUCUUAUGGAGAUUAUAGAGGGGCAACUUCUUAUACCACCAGUGGAGGGUCACUGUUUCCACCAUCUACGCUACCAGCACUACUGCCAUCUCUGUCUGGAGAGCCAUCGUCACAUCUACUCUUGAGAGACCCCUGGGAUCAGCCAUCCGAGGACCCAGUCAGUCAACCAGAAGUCAUUUGUCCUGAGGGUCCAACCCCAGUGGCAGACUCACCAUCCCUGGGAGGGCCUGACUCUGGUGGUUCCUCGCCAUACCGUCUGUCAUCAGGGCACAGUGGGAGCUCCAUCUCAUCGAGCUCUCAGCCUUACACUCUACAACCUCUGGAAGAUGUUCCCUACUCAGCAGCCUCCUACACUUCUGCCUCAAGCUACUCCUGCCCACCAUACAUGACAACACCUGGCGAUCUGGCUGUGGUGAAGAUGACACCUGUCACCUCAGAGGAGGCUAGAGGCGGAGUGGUGUCUCUCAGUGACACUACAUCCUGGGCUAAAGAUGAUGGAACUGGCUCCUGGUUGUCAUAUGAGACUAGAAGGGCUUUUUAAAAGGCAGAAGCCUUUUGCGUGGACUGUGGACUGUUCGGUUGUGAUUACACAGCGUCUCUAUCCUUAGAGAAGGAAUGAGAUAAUAGAGGAGAUUAUAACCAUGAAUAUUACAGGAUAUAGUGGUAUGUGUGUGUGCGUGCCUUGCUGUGUGAAAAUCAUCUUAUUUUUCAUGGUAAAUAUGGUCUCCUUAGGAAACAUGUUACAAAAUAACUUUCUAAAAGUCUUGAUAUGGCAUAUAGAUAAAUCUGUAUUUGCAGUAUGUAAAAGAAAUAUGUGCAGAUCAUCCGGUCUUAGGCAUAUUCACAUCUUUGAGUUAUUAUGUGUGAAUUGGAAUCAAUGCACUUAUUUUUUGUCUUUCUUUUUUUCCAAAUGUUUUAAAUCUUCAUAAUAGUACCACAGGACACUUAAGCAAACACUUACAAAGAGAAUGGGUAAUAGAUGGAAGAUGAUGGCUUGCAAGUUAUUAUUAUUAAUAUUUUUUAGAUUUUUAGUCUGUUGUCCGGAAUACCAGGUUUAAAAAUAAAAUUACGU